AUGGGAAAUAAAAUACUGAGGUUUGCGAACGCUAAAUAUCAUAGUUUUUUUCUUUUUUUUCUAUAACAUAAAAUUAAUAAAGGAGACUUACCUUUUAUGAAUUCCUUGGUUUUUUGGUGUGAAUUCAUCGAUGCAGUCGGUUUUUUUGGCAGUUGUUUGUGUGACCCCUGCCACUCUCUUGGUGUUAUUGUAAACCGACUAUCUCUUUAAACUGCGGUAAAUACACCGUCACAAAAAUUACAAAACCAGAACGUUUUCGCCCGUUUCGUUUCGUUCGUUUUUCGUUUUCCCGCUCUUCCUUGUCUGAGCCGUUUUUGAGCAGCGGAUUUCUGGUACGGGAUCCCGGGUACGUAUCUCAUGUAUGAUCCAAUAGGAAAAUGGCGGCACACAUGGCAAGGAAAGCUCUUUACGUUUAUGGCGCAUUUUGCAUACUUUUGUUUGCCAAAGCGAGCUACGAAUGCGAAAGUAAGUAUUUACACUUUUUGCGUUGACUUAAGACAGAAUUAUGAGUAAUUCUGAAAAUGGAGUUCGAGAAAAGAGUCAAAACAAUUUUGAAAUUUGCCCCUCGGCCCCGCGCCUCUACUCGUUUAAGCAGAGUUACAUGUACGAUCAUUGUGCCGUGAUUGCACGAAAAACAAAUUUAAUUAUUUAUUCCAAUAAUUUAUGAUUCAAUGAGGGACAACUUAAGGUUUUUUUUCUCAGUCUCACCCUAGUAACAUCGGAUAAAAACAUUGUAAUGUUUAACUUAUUGAGAGCAAAGCUGGACAGGAUGAAAUGCAACAGUCAGAUAAUUUUUCAAUCCAAAAUACCUGUAUCAUUUUUACUAAACAUUUACGCGUGGUAAAGCCACGUACCCCAUUAACUCAGGGCGCGAAGAAAAUCCUGUCUUGUUAUCUAGGACAUUUAGUAGUUUUGCUAUUAAAUUUGGGUAAGGAACAUUGUUAUAUUCCUACACUUUCACUCAACUAAACAGGGACUGUCAUUGGUUGAUUCUUGGUCACGUGGCCUUGACUAAAAUCAAAUGUAUCCCGAUCGUGAUACAAUAAACAAUGUACCCCGCUCAGGCUACAUUACAGCACAUGAUCAAAGCAUGGUGGAAAGUAGCGCGACAGAAGGCGGAAAAAACACUGCCUGUUUUCAUUUUUGUGAAUGAACACAACAGCUUGAACACCAACACAAAGCCUCAAGCUAAAAAAGCAAUGAUUUUUUAAGGCAUCCUAGAAGAGAAAGAGCAGCUAGUGGAGAAAAAGAUGCAGAUAAUAUAAGGAAAGUACUUUGUAAUCAUUUAUUCAGUGAUUUUAAGAAUUACACUUGUGUUGCUAUAAGUACCAAGUCAACUGUUUUGGUUCGCUCCUGGGAGUGAUAUUCUUUUGUUGCUGUUGAAGUGAAAGUUUAGAAAUAUAACAAAACACUUAUAAUGUCAGGUCCCUUGGGAAACCAGUUAAUUUUGUUUUCCCUCGAGUCCUGAUGUUUCCCGAGACGAACAUCAGAACUCUCACGAGAACAAAACUAACUGUUUCCCUCGGGAUCUGACAUUAAGUGUAUAAUAAUCUUUUUUCCUCAGUUGUCCAAUGGGCAAAGGUCCAUUCAAGUCAUCUAGUAGUUAAAUCAUUAACAAGCAAGCAGUGGCCCUGGGCAAGCAAAAUGUAAGACCUGCUUGAGCUUUUUUCAAGCCCUACCAGAAACACAACAAAGUAACUUGAUAAUUUGUCUUCUUCAGACAUCUCCAUUUUCGAUCUAUCAAGAAAGAAGGAUUUUUCCAAGUUCCAAGCUAAGAACAUGAAAAUGUGUGUAUCGGGUAGGGAUGUCUCACUGUCACACUUGUGGGGCAGUGUGGUAGUUGCUCUUCAAUUUGACAAAACUGAUGUUCAAUCUUAUGAAGCUGAUAGGUAAGUUAAUUUUUUUCCCAACAAAAUGGUGACUAGUAACACUAAUUCCUUAAACAUUUCUUAAUUCAGCUAGCAUCUUCAUUGUAUACAAGUUGCUCUAGUAGUUACUUGUAUUGAAAGUUACUUGCCAGUGAUUUUAUGAGGAGAAACACUGUUGGUGUUAAAGUAGGCUCGAUUACCAGCGGCUGUUUCGAAAUGAGCCCGCUGGUCCUCCCAUGAACAGACAGCUGGACGCAUGGGCUUGCUAUUGUUAAUUACCACCAAUCAUAAGCUGCAAAUAGACUCUAUAGAGCCAUGGUCCUCCCGGUUCUAGAUUAUUGUGAUGCUGUUUGGCAUGACUGUUGACAAGGAAACAAUGAGAAGAUUGAGUGACUACAAAGAUGAGCAGCGAGGAUUGUCUACUUCAAAGCUGCCUCAAAACUGUCAACUGAUCAAAUUGGAACCUCUCUAUUAUAGAAGACAGACCCACAUUUUAAGAUUUGUUAAUGAUGGCAUUGCAAAUAGAGUUCCCAGAUACCCUUUUAAUUGUUUUAAUGUAAGAAACCGUGACAUUCAUCGCCAAAAAACUAGACAUAAUAAUGACCUUAUCUUAGAAAAAGAUUAGUUAACUUAGAAUGCACCAAGCGCGCUUUUUUCUACACAGGUGCAACAAAAUUUUUAAUACCUUUUAGAAUUUAAAACUGUUCGAAUCUUCCUGUUAACGUAGCUAUUUUAUACUAUUGUAAUUUGUUUUUAUCCAUAUUUUUAACCUUUUUUUUUCAGGACCUGCAUUGAUAGCAGUUUUUUCUUAAAACUGAUGCAGCAAUCCUGUAUAAAUAUGUUUAAAUUAUUAUUAUUAUUAUUAUUAUUAUUAUUACAAAAUUAUUAUUAUCGUUGGCUGCUCAAAUCAAGCAGACAGCAUAAAUCAUUUUAUUUUUCUGGAGCAGAUUUUAAACGGCAGGCCAAACUUAGGUGUUGUUUGAUUUGGUGUGCGAUUGUGUCUUAGAACGUUUUUUAACAAAGAAAAGUAUUCUCUUAGAGAAGCUGGCAAAUAGUAGGUAUGUUUUUGAAAUUCAACCAACUGGAACUGGAUCAAUAAUUAUUUCCAUUCUACAUGAAUGAUGGUUGUUUGCAGCUAACGUGAAAGAGACGACUGUCAAGUCCACCGGUAAUGCAGGGUCAAUGUAAAUACAAUCAGUACUUGUUUCUGCUGAUUUUUAUGGCAAAAAAAUUAAUACCAAAGUGAAGACGAGGCAAAGCACAACAUAUGUUUAGUAUUUAAUGACAUUUCCCAUUUUCGACGUUGAAGAUGCAUAAAGUUACUUUAUGGCCAUUCACUCAUCCAGCCAUCUCUUCUUGGGGAGGACUAAGAGAGCGAUGGAAAUCGUGCCUAGUGUUAAAGGGGUAUAGUAAAUAAUUUAUUAUUGUCUGAUUCUACAGUUAUAGCAACAUUCAUAUUUAUUAAUUAUUACUGGAUCACUACAUUCAGAUCAUUAUUACAUGUAUUUAUGUUGUGCAUUGUAAAUGAGUCAUUUUAAUAUGCUUACAUGUGUUGCCUCCUCACAUGUGUUUUCUGCUUUAAUCAGUAAUUUCAAAACAUUCUUUUUUAUUUGUAUUGCACUUGACAGCUGCCAUGCGCUCAACCCAGCCAAUAAAACUUGGGGAUCUGUGUUUCAGUCAUUGGUGACUAGCACUAACAUACAGGAUCAAAUCACAUUCAAGCAGUCACCAUUCAAAACUUCAUGCUUUGCAGUGGAAUUUGGAAAAAAACGGAAUGUGUUCAUAGAAGCUGAGUUUCAAGGUGAUUCUACAAAAUAAUUUAAUUUUAUGGUCAUGACAAAUAUCCAUGAUAAUACCAUUUCAAACUUAACAGUGGCCAAAGAGCAAGUUCAAAAGAAAAUUCAAAUUUCUUUUUGUAAAAUCAUAAAAAAUAAAUGGCAGUUCACCUGUAUUUUAAAGUUUUUACCAAAAGUUGUUUCAUUUGAAUGUCCAUAGCAUUGAAAGUUAGUGACAUACUGUAUUUGAUUAAGUAAGUACUGCCAGUAAUUAAUACCGUGAACAACACCAUCAAAUAAACGCUCACCCAAUCAGAAGAAUGUGGAGUUUAUGUGAGGAUAAUAAAAAAAUAAACUUGCUUUAACCCAAUAGUCUACACCAUGCAGACAAUAAUGAUAUGAUUCUAUUUCAGCAAAAAAGCACCUUACUUUUGUGCAUGUAGAGGGUAAAUAAUAAAGUUGUUAAUCUCUUUCCAUUUUAGUCAUUGACUGGAAAUUUCCAGCAGCAUUUCUAGCAGGCCUUGUCAUCUUUUACAAUGCAGAAAGACUUAGUAGGUAUACUAUCUAAACGUCCCCUUCCACAAUGUAAAUUUUAACAAGAACUUGAUUUGUUAAAGUGAUGAUGAUGAUAUUCGAGGAUGAUGAUAAUGAUGAUGAUGAUGAUGAUGAUGAUGAUGAUGAUGGUGACAGUAAUGACAGUUGAUCCAUUGAGUCUAUUUAGAUGCCAUACCAACUUUCAAUUGCUGCCAAUAGACCUUUGUCAUGGGGUGGCCAUUUUGUCUUAGGAGAUCUAAAAAGCUCUGUUUAUGCAUGGAUAGCCUCUUAGAGAGAACGAGGCUAGCUGUUCAUAAACAAAGCUUUUUAAGUUUACUGAGACAUAAUGAUCGCUGCGUGAGGGAGGUCUAUUGUAUGCUUACAACUACACUGUAGCAUUGCACCUCAGUAGUAGGUCUAGUUGUUUUUCACACCAUAAUUAUUAAUCUGAUCUUGUUAUUGCCCAUGGUGCACUAAAGUAAACUGAUCAAAAGCAGAUUCUAUGGAAAGUCACACUUUUGUUCUUUGUUGUUGUUCUUGCAAACUUUGUGCGCACAAGAUAGGAGAGCUGUGGAUCUGUUGUUCACAUUUCUCCUAUUAUUAAUUAAAGAGCUGUUUUUCUUUCCAGGAACAGUUUGUUCUUUUAUUCAUCUGGUGUAUCACUUGGUCUUAUCAUGUCACUUCUUCUGCUUGUCUACAUACUGCACAGACUAAUCCCAGGGGUAAGAAAAAAAACGGUGUGGGGUCAAUGUUAAGACUUAUCCUCGGGUAUUUUCUUUCCAGGAACAGCUUGUUCUUUUAUUCAUCUGGCUCUGGUUGUUCAAACGUUGGAUAGCGCUAUCCACUGCAUAAAUCACUAUCCAGUGAAUAAGUAUUACGGAAAUCAAUUACGCUAUCCGUUGGAUAGUGAUUUGUCCAGUUGAUAGCGCUAUCCAACGUUUGAACAACUGGGCCCUGCUGUAUCACUUGGUCUUAUCAUGUCACUUCUUCUACUUGUCCACAUGCUACACGGAUUAAUCCCUGGGGUGAGACAAAAGGUUUGGGGCCACUGUUAAUUAAGACUUAUCCCUUGGGUAAGACAAAGCAGUUUGGGGUGAUGGUUUAGACAAAGUCCUGAGGUAAAGCGAGCAGAGGUGAGCGUUUGUUAACCCCUGUUGUGCAGGCAAUAGGAUUGGAAGUUGAAAAAUGUUGAACGUGCAUGUAUGCAUUUGCUUAAGAAUUGUUGUCAAUAUUUCAGCAUAUUGUUUUAUGCCAUUUUCGCAACUGAGGCCGCCGUGUUUACUUGUUGUAUUUCACUGCGUUCGACCUCAUGAGAACGCAGCCUAAUCCCCGCGUUUUGGGUGGCCAAGUCAAAAACGGAUGGCAGGACCAAAAGCAUGUCCUUUCGGGAAGUUUAUUGCAUUUACAUGUAUUGGAGUCGUUGUUUUAAAUGUUGUUGUUGUGUGGUCAUUUCUUUUCAGAGAGGAGGUGCAUAUGCUGUUUUAAUUGGAGGAUGGAGUCUGGGUGCCUAUUUAAUCCAGUGGACUUGGAGUAACUUAAAAGACCUUCUACUUAACCACAACCAAUGGGUCAUUGGAUAUCUUGUUGUUAUAGGUAUGUCACUAAAGAGACCUAUAGAUAUGAGGACCAGAUUUAACCACAAGUUUUUUUCGCGUAUAUUCUCUAAACGUACAUAGACAACCCGGAAAACUUGAUUGUCCUUUUUGUAUUUUUCAACCGAAACGUUAGUACGGUUAUUUUUAUCGAAGGAGGUUAAGCCCUCUCCCGAUCGCAAAGUGAUACAUUUUCGAACAUUUUAAUAACUUGUUUCCGCCAUUACGACAUUCUUGCUAAAAUCCGUAGUAGAUUGAAGACGGCUAUCGCGCUUUCUCGCCAAAAGAACGCUGGAUCACGCGUGCGCACUACUUAUUUCAGUAGUAUUGAGAAAAUCUCGUCCUCGUCGUCGCGCCCUCGUUUUUUUUUAAUAGAAUCUAAAGGUCUCUUAUGGGAAAAGGAAAACCUGCAUAUUAAAGAUUAUUAUGGUCGGCAUUUUUCAAAAACUCUUACUCUUUGACUGUCGUAUUACGCUCUAUAACAGCAGAGUUUUUCCUUUCGUCAGGUAUCAGAAGCUUAUGUGUUUGCUGUUGUUACGGCCUAGUCAACGUAUUACGCUGUAUAACAGCUGUGUUUAUUUCCCGCUUUCUCCAGGCGUCAUAAGCUUUGGUGUAUGUUAUUAUUACGGCCCAGUAACCAGCGACCGCGGACUGGAUCUCAUUCGCUGGAUGCUGCAGCUUAUAGGAUUGAGCCUACUGUACAUGAGUACAAGGUCAGAUGAGGUCUCCAUAGCUCUGUGUAUUCAAGUGGUUUGGUCCCAUGUAAUUCGUUUCAGACUGCUUCCUCAACACUGGUAAGGCUACCAUUCAUGCUGCCAAGAUUAAAUUAUAGGACAGAGAGGAAAACACCGUUGUUUGCUUUGAGGCAGUCAGGCGUGAACUUGAUGACGUUUCAAACGCGGACGUCCCAGGAAUUAGAGUUAGAAUUAGAGGCGGGUUAUCAGGAAUAAAAACAAAAAAUAAUUAACAGUCGCCCUUGAACUAUAUAGCUAAAAGAAAAAGAGCCAAGUAAAUAUGUUUAUAAUCUUCCAUCUAAUCAUACAACCUUUUAGUCGUUCUUUCUUGACUUUUCUUCGUUGGUUCGUUCUUAUACCCGUCAGAUCAAUUUAGGUUAGUGGAAACUAACCACCUACUCCCCUCCCUAAGCCAACAUUUUGCCCUAAGUGAGAAGUAAGUGAUAAUGUUGGCUUAGGGGAGGGGUAGGUGGUCAGUUUCCCGGAAAUCUUAAUUGAUCCCACCCGUCCGGGCUUAGCCUGCUUCGCAGACGUAAUCUAACCCCGUUAGUAACUUCUGAGCAGCAGCGCUGAUAUCCUUGUUCUAGCCCCCCAACGGACUCAACGAAUUACCGGAAAUGCGUUUCGAGUUUUCCCUUCAAUGGCAAAUUUUCAAUAGCAUUUUAAACUGGCCAAUCAUAGCGCGUACUCAACAUAUAAGCUAAAAAAAAAUACAUUUAUCGUGUGGGUUGGGACUUGCAAAGCUUUCACUGUAAAAUUUGAAUGAGUUGUUUUCGUCUAUUUUAAUAGAA